AUGCCGUCAAGCCGUUCGUCCUCUCCGGAAACUUCGCCGAGACCAAAUUCAGGCGAAGAAAAAGAGGGAAGCGUAGAGGUCCGAUUACCCGUGUUCCUAAUGACUAAAACGUAUCUAUUUCAGCCUGACACUCCGAAAACGAACACUGAGAAGUCCGGAAGCAGUGCAACCACGCCGGAGGAGUCUCGUGAGCCAAGUGAAGAGGUAAUUUUUGAAUUUAGGCGAAUUGCGAUAGGUGGGUAAUUAUGCAAAAAUUGCUAAUUUUAGCCUGAAACUCGCAGUCAAAACAACGAAGCUGAUGAGCAGCCAGCGACGCCACCAGAAAGCAGAAGCCGAGAAGCGUCUCCGGAUGAGAGACCAAUAGAAAAGAGGUGAGAAUGUUCACAAUCAACAGUUUGCAUUCGCCUAUUUUCAGCUCGGCUUCGCCAUCGCGGGAGCCAGAAAAAUCUCCAGUCCGAGAAAAAUCAUCGAGUUUGGCUCCUCCAAAAGUGGUCGCGGAACCGGAGAAAAAGAAGAAUGAUCCGAAGGAUAUCUUGAGAACGAGAACGGGAGGAGCGUAUAUUCCCCCGGCGAAGCUGCGGCUCAUGCAGCAGGCAAUCACUGACAAGUCUAGUGAACAGUAUCAGCGAAUGAACUGGGAACGAAUGAAAAAAAAGAUUCACGGAUUGGUCAACAGAGUUAAUGCCAAGAAUCUUGUUCAAAUCGUCAGAGAACUUCUGCAGGAGAACGUAAUCAGAUCGAAGUAAGCUGUCUGUAUUCCUCUUAGUUUAUCGGAAGUUCGUUUUCAGGGGACUUCUGUGCCGUGACAUCAUCCAGGCCCAAGCAUUUUCGCCAGGAUUUUCGAAUGUCUACGCUGGCUUGGUCGCCGUCAUCAACUCUAAAUUCCCGCACGUCGGAGAGCUUCUGCUCCGUCGUUUAAUCGUUCAGUUCAAAAGAAGUUUCCGUAGAAACGACAGAGGUGUGACCGUGAACGUCAUCAAAUUCAUUGCCCAUCUGAUCAAUCAACAAGUGGCUCACGAAGUUCUGGCUCUUGAAAUCAUGAUUCUCAUGCUCGAAGAACCGACCGAUGACUCAGUCGAAGUGGCAAUCGCUUUUCUGAAAGAAUGCGGAGCCAAGCUUCAAGAGAUUGCACCGGCUGCCCUCAACAGUGUCUUCGACCGUCUCCGUGCCAUUUUGAUGGAAACCGAACGGUCGGCAAACUCAUUGGAUCGACGUAUUCAGUAUAUGAUUGAGACUGCGAUGCAGAUUCGAAAGGACAAGUUCGCGGUGAGUGUUCAGAUAAAAAGUUUAUUAACAUUCGAUUCCUAAUCAUUAGCGUCUAAUAAGCUUCUUUCUCAUCGUCUUAUUACUCAAAAACUUUGAGAACUUUUGGUAUUCCCUCUCCGAUAACUGAAACUCCACGAUUCCUUCCGGCUUCUCCGUUGCUUCAUCCUGCUCUUUUCUAGCUUGUCUUCGCUGCGGUGACAGGAGUACAGUUAGCUCUUUAAUCGAUUCAGUCACUGGUUUGUUAGCUACUGGAUGUACGAAUCGGCGGAUCUUCUCGUAAUUCGUGUCCGUAGCAAUAAGUGAGACCUGUAAGAUCAUCCUGAAGAUCAUAAAAAAACAAAGGCGCUCACAUUCCGUGGGGCUGGCGUAUCGAUGAUUUCCUGUAGUUUGAGAAGACGCGCGUUUUUGAUGUCACUGAAAACGGAAGUGGACGAUUAACCUUUUCGGAAAACCCACUUAUUCACUUUCUCAAUUUUUUGUUUUUCGGUUCGAUGACGAUGAAGUAGCCAGUUGUAGUAAUUGAUUUGCUUCAAAUCCUUUCGAUACUGUGCAUCUGUUUCCUGAAAAAUCACAAAUGAUGAGAACAGUUUCGUUUACUUUUAUACGUACCUGAUUCGAAAGCCCAACGAAGGCGAGGAGAACGAGGAGAACGAGAACGUAUUCGUCCACCAGCAUCACGCAAUACUGACCGAUGGUCGUCGUCUCACUUUCCGCCGACUAUUGUAUACUUGUGCGGAUGGCAAUUGAGGCCAGUCCUCUGCGCACGCAUUCAUAAGCAUAAUCCCUUCGAAAUCUUGUUCCUCCCCCUAUAAUUUCUCACCAAUUCGCUAAUUGAAUGGCGUCGUCGUCAGCUGGUCGCAGCGGCUAAGAUGACGGCGUCUAUGUGAUACAACCGAUGAAACAAUACGAGAAAAUGAAUUGCAGGCGUAUCCGGCGGUCAUCGAGGACUUGGAUCUGAUUGAGGAAGAAGAUCAAAUCAUCCACACGCUCAAUUUGGAGGACGCUGUCGAUCCAGAGAACGGCCUCAGUGAGGAAGAGAAUGGAAAAAACAGGGUGUAAAGAGUAUAUUUUUCAGAUGUAUUCAAAUUGGAUCCAGAAUUCGAGAAGAACGAGACUGUCUACGAGGAAAUUCGCAAAGAAAUCAUCGGAGAUGCCGACAUUUCAAGCAACGAAGAGGAGGAAUCUGAAGAAGAGGAAGAAGGCAGUGACACGGAGGAAGCUCCCAAAAGGACUACCGAAAUCAUCGACAACACUGAUCAGAAUCUGACUGCUUUCAGAAGGUAGCAAAUGCUUAUCUAACUCUUAAAUGAAUCGCUAAUUGCAGAGAAGUCUACUUGACUCUUCAAUCUUCGUUAGAUUAUCAAGAAGCCGCGCACAAGUUGCUGAAACUGAAAAUUCCGGAGAAUCUCGAGGUUUGAGAUUCUGUGCUGACACCAUCUCACUAUUCCCAAUUUCAGAACGAACUGUGCGCGAUGCUAGUCGAUUGCUGCGCUCAGCAGCGUACUUAUGAGCGUUUCUACGGAAUGCUCAUUGAACGUUUCUGUCGUCUUCGUCUCGAAUAUCAGAAAAUGUUCGAGCAGCUCUGCCGCGACACCUACUCCACCGUUCAUCGCAUCGACAUCACCAAACUGAGAAACUUGGCGCGGCUCAUCGCCCACCUUCUCUCCACUGACGCAAUUGACUGGAACAUUCUCUCCGACGUGAAAAUGACUGAGGAAGACACGACGUCUGCUGGCAGAAUCUACAUAAAAUACAUUUUUGUGGAACUCGUCGAAGCAAUGGGAAUGGUGAAGCUGCACACCCGAGUGACCGAUCCGUAAGAGACCCCUCCUUCGUCUUCCAGUUUUUGUUUUCCUCUUUUCAGAACCCUGGCACAUUGCUUCACUGGACUCUUCCCACGAACCAAUCCACAAAGUGCGAGAUUCUCCAUUAAUUUCUUCACAAUGAUCGGACUUGGAGGACUGACGUAAUUUAUUCAGAAUAAAUACUUAAUCAUUCAUAACAUCACAACUUCAGACUUGAACUUCGCGAGUGGCUCGGAAAAGGGCUCAAGAAGAAGAAGGGAAUGCUUGAUGAGAUGAAACGAAACGAAUCUUCAUCGUCCUCCUCUUCUGAUUCUUCCUCCGAUUCUUCUGACUCCUCGGAUGACUCUUCUUCGGAUUCUGAUGACAGCUCAUCCGAUUCGUCAUCUUCCUCUGACUCGGACUCUUCUGUCGAGCCCAAGAAAAAGAAGAAGAAGCUGGAUGUUGACGCGAAGAAAACGCAGAAAGGGAAAGAGAACGACGGAAAGAGUCGAGGAGACGAGAAGGAAGUGAGGCGCAGAGAGGAGAAGCCUUUGCCGCCACGAUCUGGUGAUCGUAGACGCGAAACGAGCACUGAGAAGAGAGGAGAUGACCGGAAUGAUCGUCGUGAUGCCGGAGAUGAUCGUCGGGAUCGCAGUGGAAAGGAUCGUGACCGUCGUGAGAAGAGCAGGGAACGAGAUGACAGUCUGGACCGCAGCGGAAAGGAUCGUGAGCGUCGUGAGAAGAGUAAGGAACGUCGUCAACGUCGGGAUUCGGACGAAGCUCGUCGUGACCGCGGAGGAAGAGAUAGGGACCGUCGGGAUCGCAGUGCCGAGCGAGGUGAUCGUCGCGAAAAGGAAGAGAAAAGCAAGAGCCGUGAUCGUAGAGACCGUAGCAAAAGCCGUGAUCGUCAUGAGAAGAGAGACCGUCGUCGCGAGGAGAGAGUGGAUUCAGAUGAUCGUCGCCGUCAUCGUUAA